AUCACACAACGAAGAUUCCAGCUGUCGAUUUGUGUCCGAGAUUUUGUGAUAUCUUUACGUUCUUUAGUUUUUUGGUCAUUUUAUUAUAUAAUUGUUCAAUCAUGUCUGAAAAUAAUCAUACUUCGCGGUUGUCUGCUUACAAAAACGUCGGUAUCGGAACUACUGACCUCCGUCGCAAGCGUGCCGAGCUCAGCGUAGCGCUCCGCAAGCAGGCGCGAGAUGAACAGUUCCUCAAACGCAGAGCCCUGUCUCCGGAGGCCAAGGAUGAGGAUUUUCAGCCAGUUGAGAAGCUCCCGAGCCCGGCUGAAAUUGUUAAAGGCCUUAAGUCUUCAGACCUGCCCCUGCAGACAUCAUCAGCUCGGGCAGCUCGCCGUAUCCUCUCUCGGGAACAGAACCCGCCCAUCACAUCCAUGGUCUCGGCUGGGGUCAUACCACCCUUAGUAGCCGCGCUGGAGAGAGACGACUGUGUGGAUCUGCAAUUUGAAGCAGCUUGGGCCCUCACCAAUAUCGCGUCUGGGACGCAUGACCAUACUAUGGCAGUUAUUGAAGGUGGCGCCAUCCCCAAACUGGUGAGUCUCCUGGGUCGCGGCGGGUCCGUGGGCGAGCAGAGCGCUUGGGCGCUGGGCAACGUGGCCGGCGACGGGCCCGGGCCCCGCGACGCCGUGCUGCGCGCCGGCGCCCUGCCCGCGCUGCUGCCCAGCAUGGCGCCCGGCACCGCGCCCAGCACGCUCAGGACUGCGGUCUGGACCUAUAGCAACUUCUGCAGGAACAAGAACCCACUGGUGGCAUUCGAGCUAGUUGCCCCGGCUUUACCCUUCAUCUCGGAUCUGCUGGAAGUACAAGAUACUGAUGUGUUAGCGGACGCGUGCUGGGCCAUCUCGUACCUCACCGACGGGCCCAACGAGCGCAUCGAGGAGGUCCAAAUGACCCCCAACUUGUUGCAUCGCGUGGUCAGACUGUUGGAACACAAGUCCGCCGCCGUCAAGACACCGGCGCUGAGGGCUGCCGGGAAUAUGCUUACGGGCUCCGAUGAACAGACCGAUCGCUGCCUGGAUGCUGAAUGUGUCAGCUAUCUUCUGAAUCUGCUGAGCUGCGGCAAAUCCUCACUUGUCAAGGAGGCCGCCUGGGCGGCUAGCAACAUCCUAGCUGGCACACAGAUUCAAAUACAGCGAGCCCUCGACCAGGGCAUGCUUCCGAAACUCAUUCAUGUGCUGGCACAUGAAGACGCUAAAUGUCAAAAAGAGGCAGCCUGGGCGAUCACGAACCUGUGCCUCGGCGGCAGCGGGGCGCAGCUCGACGCGCUCCUCGCCGCCGGCUUCCUGGAGCCCUACUGCGGCCUGCUGGGCGCCGCCGACCACCGCGCCGUCACCGUAGUCCUCGACGGACUCACUAAUCUCAUGCAGGCGGCCGAAAAGUACGGACAGGUGGAGCCGCUCUGCCUCAAACUGGAAGAAAUUGGCGCGCUUGACAAGAUCGAGUCCCUGCAAACACACGAGAACGAAUCGGUGUACAAGAAAACCCUGCACAUACUGGACACGUACUUCGCCGACAACGAGGACCAAAACGCGGCGCCCGAGCAGACCCCCGACGAGUACCAGUUCGGCACCAACCAGCACAACAACAUCAACUUUUAAACAGGAAAGUCGACUGCAGUUACUCCAUACACACUUAGUCCCCAUUUUCCUCUCUGGAUAUUGACAUUAUAAAAAAUAUUUUUACUUUGUUUGUAUACUAACCACGAAAAAAAAAUGUUUUUUUCUCGAUUUCGUGGUUGAUCCCAUAGUAAGAGUUGCUCAGUAUAAUACCAAAACAUCCCUGGCAACGGGAAUUUUUUAGCCAUCCUGUAUAAACCAUAACUAUGCCCCUACGUUUUACUCUUUUCGAUUAUUUUAAAAAUUAGCAGCGAAAGACACAUUUCGUACAAAUUUUUAAACGCUUCUAUCUCUUAUAAUCCAUACUAUCCAUACUAAUAUUAUAAAUGCGAAAGUCUGUCUGUCUGUCUUUCUGUCUGUGUGUUCCCUCUUCACGCUUAAACCGCUGAACCGAUUUAGAUAAAAUUUGGCAUAGAGAUAGGUUGAGUCCCUGAGAAGGACACACAGGUUUUUAUCCCGAAAAUCAUCCCUGAAGAAAGUAAAAAGCGGGGUGGAAUUGAGAUAAUUAACGAAGUGCCUGCUAAUUUGUGGGCAUAAUAUGCUCAAACUUAGAUUGCUAUGAGAUAUUUUCCAGGCGCUAUUCUUACUCUAGCUGCGGUUACUAAGUCCACGCAGACAAAGUCGCGGGCAAAAGCUAGUAAUAAUAUAAAUGUGAAAGUGUCUGUCUGUCUGUUACCUCUUCACGCUUAAACCGCUAUACCGAUUUAGUUGAAAUUUGGUGUAGAGACAGUUUUGAGUCCCGGGGAAGGACAUAGGGUAGUUUUUAUCCCAGAAGUCAUUCUUUAAGGGGGUGAAAAAGGGGGGGUGGAAGUUUGUAUAGGGAAUCGAUAAAAAGCAGAUUGGACAAAAAAAUAAGCUACCCAAAUUACUAACUCCACGCAGACGAAGUCGCGGGCAAAAGCUAGUAAUCAAUAAAUUCGAAAAAAAAAACUUAGGGGCAUAGCUGUGGUGGUGUAACAAAUUGUGUCAAACUAUUUUCAAUUAUGUUAAUAUCCAGAGAGGAAAAUAAGGACUAGGUUUGUAUGAAAAGGCGAUUUCUCGCGGGUCGUGCCGGUCGGGCCGUGAUCUUCUCUUGAACAUACCUAGUCAUAGCGUCAUUGUUUAUUUAGUGUAUUUUCAAAUAUGAAUAUAUUAGAAUAUGGAGUUUGCCGAAUACUAAUAUUAGGCCGAAUGUUCGGUUUAGAUGCUACCGAACCGAAUUUCCGGCCGAAUUAUUCGGUUUAUCUGUAUCAUUUUAAUAUCUUUUUUCAAAAAUCUAAAUAAUAAAAAAAUCCUAUGGAUUCAACAUGUUUAAUCAUGUGUUUUAAUGACAACAGGAAAAUCGGGAAAAUGAAACCUGAUGUAAGAGAAAGUCUUGAAGAAUUUUUACAGAUAAAAAGUUAAAAAAUAUUUGUCGAAUAUUCAGCACUUUAACCGAACAAUUCGGCCGAAUACAAACAUUAGAAAACUUGCCGAAUGUGCCGAACACCGAACAAUUACCGAAUAUUCAGCCCAUCUCUAGAAUAUAUUGUUUAAUAUGUGAUAAUUUGUAUUUAGGACUACAUUCGUCAUUUUAAUAUCAAAAACUAUUGUAUUAUUAGGCGUUUUAAGUCUGAAAGUAAUUCUUGGCAUCAGGUUAUAGUGAAUCUCAACAUUGCCUACCAUGCCAAACAAUGCUUUUUCUGAUAAAUAGCUACCCAAUCUCCAUUUAUUAGAAAUUAAAUAGAUACAGCAAUUUUUUUGUAGAGAAACUAGUGCCUACGCCAAUUUUAGAGAUUAGAUGCCAAGCUGACCCCAGGCUCCCAUGAGCCGUGGAAAAACGCCGGGAAAACGAGAGGAAGAACUUUUUUUGUAGAGGUAUUACUUUAUUUUUUACCGGCAUGGUAGGCAAUGUUGAGCAAGUUUGUGGUGCCUAAAAACGGGGUCUCUAUUGUUUCCCAUAUUGUUUUAAGUCAUAAUGUAUUGUUUGUCCACAUUUUCGUUAGUCAUAAUUUGGUUUUUCUCAGAAACACGUAACUUUUCAGGAUUGCCAUAAAACAAACAUAACCUAACCUAUCUAAAGGAUAACCCGAGGAAAAUACUGAAAAGUUAACAGUUUCAGAAUUAUGACUAAUGAUAAUAUGCCAAUCAUUACAUUAUGAUUUUCAAUAAUUAUGUCUGUAUGUAAAAAAGAGUUCAAUAGUUGUAUAAUACUUAUAAUUUAUGUUUUUAAACUCAAUUAACUUUGUAUUCAUAACAUUAUUAACCGCCUUCAAAAAAAGGAGGUUCUCAGUUUCACCCAUAUGUUUGUUUGUCCUAAUUCUUGUUCGCGAUUUCGGGGUUGGCCCCAUAUUCACCCCUCAGUUUGGACAGUGAUAACAAAAGCACCCUGUAUAUGUCAUAUCGUUGAUUAUAGUCCUAGAACUCUUCUUCAUUUAAAGGAAAUAAGGGUGCAUUCCACGAGAAUGUCCCUUACGAAACGCCAUUUUUCUAAUGGUUCUGAAAAAGCUGAGAAAAUGAUAUUGGGUCUGGUAAUAUUUCAUGACUUUGCUAACAAAUUGGCAGUAUAUUCUCGAGCUUUACGGGUUUGAUUGAAUUAGCUGACAUAAAAGACUAAAGCAUUUCGUAAGGGACAUUCUCUUGGAAUGCCCCUAAGGAAUUUGUAACUUCAGCAUAGAAGAGGUUUUCGACUUAGUUGACGACAUUUAUGUGUAUCUAUCAAUUGUUACGGGUUGCCAUCAUUAAACACUACCAUUCUAAAAUCUGGGCUGGGCCAUCCAUACCAAAGAGAACUAAGAGGACAUAGUGUUCGCUCCAUACAUCGGUUUUGUUACCAAAAAUACUAUUAUUUUCGAAGUCUACAUCUAGCGUCAAGUAGCGGAACUAUCAGUACUGCUACUCGACAAUAGAUGUUGCGGCUAAUAUUAUAACCGGAACUGUUUUCAAUUCCUUCUGCUUAUUACAUUAGUUAUUAAAUGAGGGCUAACGCGUAUGAAUUCGCCGCUAGGGGCGCUAGUAUAGAUGGUGGUCUUUUACAUAGUUCGAAAUGUCAAAUGUCACUUGUCACUUCAAUGACUGACAGCUGUUCUUUAGUCUUUUGGACCACCAUCAACAGAGGCGCCAACUGGUGAGCAAAAAAACGAUAGCCCUCAUUGUUGAGCGAUACACUUUUCGUCAGUCGCGACACAUGUGACAUCUAGUGUCGAGUAGCAGUACUGAUAGUUCCGCUACUUGACGCUAGAUGUAGACUACGAAAAUAAUAGUAUUUCUGCUAACAAAACCGAUGUAUGGAGUGAGCGCUCUGUGGUUUCUUAAUUCUCUUUGGCCCUACGUAAUGUACACGCAUCAUUCAAUAACAUCUUGUAUGACAAAGUGUUUUUUUCUCGCGUGUGUGUUUUGAAAGUCAUAUGAAACACGUGUGCUUUGGUCAUUACACACAUCGGCUUUUUUAUUGCGCGCUCGCUUCCAGCUCGCGAUACAAUAUUGCCUUGUGUGUGAUGACCCAGUAGCACACUUGUAUCAUAAUGUACUAUAUCAAUAUUGGCAUAGGUGUUGAAAUAAAUCUUCAUGUUAUAGUAUAUAGACUGCCAGGGUUGAGACUGAUUUUAUGUGAUAAUCAAUUUGUUAAGUUGCAAUAAGUUAAGUAUAGUUGGUCAAGCAAAUCUUGUCAGUAGAAAAGGCGCGAAAUUCAAAUUUUCUACGGGACGACGUCCCUUCGCGCUUACAUUUUUUUAAUUUUCUGCCUUUUUCUACUGACAAGAUUUGCUUGACCAACUAUAGUUGAUACACCAACUAUUUCUUGUGACACAGGAGACGCAGCCAUAGCAACCAGUUACAAGAUAUAGUUGAUCUAGUCUAGCCUAUGUUAUUAUUAAAAUUUUACUUUUGCAA